GCGCCACAACGGCAAGGAGCUCGAGGACUCGCCACACACGCUCCACAUGCGCGACGAGGCCGCCGAGGUCUACAGCCUCGUCCUGGACGACGUCACCCUGGCUGAUGCGGGUGCCUACAGCUUCACGGCGUCCAAUGAAGCCGGUGAAGCUACGGGCUCUUGCAAGCUUCACGUGCACACCGUGCCUCCGUCCGUGUCUCUGGAGCUACGGUCCCAGGACGUGUGUCUAGAGGACGUGGCGACGUUCACCCUGCGCUGCUGUGGUCUGCCCCUGCCCGUCCCCACGUGGACAAAGAAGGGCGCCGUCCAACGGGACGACGAGAGGACGGCCAUAGCAAGUCCUGAGCCUGGCGUCCACACCAUCACAUUCAGGGACGUCUCCAUGGACGACUACGGCAAGAUUGAGGUGGUAGCGACGUCUGUCGUGGGCACGACGUCGUCCUCGUGCGAGCUGACGCAACGGACGUUACCGUGCGAGGUGCUCGACGGGCUCGAGAACGUCACGAAGGGCGCCGAGGGCGACGACGUUACGUUAACGGUCGUCAUACGGGCGUCACCACGACCCGUUAUUGUGUGGAUGAAGGACGGGCGGGAGGUACGUCCCUCGGACGUCGUCAACGCGGGCCUGACGGCGGACGGGCAGUUCUUCCUCGAGUUCCGGCACGUCACGGCCGACGACGCGGGGACGUACUGCGUCGUGGCCGUUAACGACGAGGGACGUACCGAGGCGACCGUUAAGCUCGACGUCACUCCGCCCCCCAGCAAGCCUGAGUUCCUGCAGGAGCUCCGCCCCACGAAGGUCAUCACAGGAUACCCCUGCAGGAUGCAGGUCAAGUGUGGGGGGUAUCCUGCCCCCCAAGUGUCCUGGCUGAAGGACGGGCAGCCGUUGACCGUUGACGGGCAACACAUCCAGCAGAUCGUCCUGGACGACGGGACGGUCCUUCUGCAGCUGGACGUCGCCACGGACGCCGACGCGGGACGUUACACGUGCGUCGCCCGCAACGCGGACGGCGAAAUGACGUCCAGCGCCCCGUUGGCCGUACUCGAUCACGUACGGACGGACGGGCAGCCCGACGGAACGCCGACGUUCACGUCGCCCCUGAAGGACGUCACGGCUGACGAGGGCAAGACCCUUCGUCUGCCCGUGGCCGUCAGAGGCGGACCGGUCCCCAACAUGACGUGGUACAAGGACGGCAAGCCCGUCAAGCUGGACGACAGGGUCUUCUUCACCUACGACGGGGACAGGUCGUUCUUGGAGAUUCGCCCAUGUCGGGGGGCGGACGCUGGAGAGUACCGCUGCGUGCUGGAGGGUGAAGGGGGCGCCACGGCGUCCACUUCGUGCAUCGUCACCGUCCGCAAGUGCUUCGAGGCACCGUCUUUCGCCCAGGGCUUCAACGCCG